AUGAGUAGCUUGUUAGGACUUAAUUAUUAUGACGAUGACGAAGACGAUCAACAAGCCGAAAAUGACAUGGUUACUGCAGAACAGAGUAAUAACAUUUUGGGGAAAACGAGCACGGUUACUUACCAAGAUGUUGAUCGUGAAGAAACCGGAGAAAAUAUUAGUUCCAAAAAUGUAAGUACAUCUAUAUCUCAAGCCAUAGUACACAAUAUCGCAGAACGUAAACAACCCAAAGAAUCACCGGUUAAAAAUCUACCGCAAACAAUUUUAAUUUCUCAAAAAACAUUACCACCCUCCCCAACAGUUUUCUCUAAUCUGAUUCGUCGGAGAGGCAACAACACAAUAUCACAAAAGCCUC